CAUGCGCAAACCGAAGCGUGCGCAACGACGAGGGGAGACAGCGCGGAGUAAAUAACACAAACCGUGUUCGCUUCUCCAGAUUGUCCUCCGCGACGAGUCGGGGACGAUGAGCACCUAGACGAGCCCAGAAGGACUUCGGAGCCACCAAUCUGGACCGACCCGUACAUUCAACCAGAGCACGGCAUCCCCCUUGUCCUCAGCAAGGAAUAAUGUCUCCUCUCAUCGCUGAGUGGACGGCCACGCUGGCCGAUGGACAGUGAGUGUUCGCUUGACAUGUCAGAGUCUCGGUCAGGGACAGGAUGUCUAAAUGUGAGCUGAUUGAGCUGAAGGACCUCAGCGUAAAUGAUCCCAUUGAGCUGGCCGGAGGCCCUCCGCCCGUAAACCCGGCUCAGCCCAGCCCGUUCCGCGUCGCCCGUCUGCUCGGGGAAAGUGUCAGAAUGGAGGCACCGCGGCGUCAGGCGGGAGCUGCCGGAGCCGGUCACGACUUCCAGCCCUACAGUUACACGCAUCUCACCUGGUGUGACCUGUGUGGAGAAUUCAUCUGGGGGGUUUACAAGCAGAGUUUACGCUGCGCCAACUGCAGUUACACAUGUCACUACCGCUGCCGCCCGUUCAUCCAGCUGGACUGCCGCACACACGGCAGUUUGCUAACAGAAGAGGACGAUUUCUCUGUUGACUCCCUCGAGACGGACACAAAUGUGGAUGAACAGAUCGAUUGGGGUAAACAGAAGUUGACUGUCUGUGAGAUUCAACAUAAGGUCAAGGAGUAUAACGCACAGAUCAACAGCAAUCUCUACAUGAUGGUCAACAAAGAUGGGUCCUACACUGGUUUCAUCAAGGUUCACUUCCAGUUGGUCCGUCCCGUCUCCCUGCCUCCCUCUCAGAGCCUGUGCUCCUCACAGGAGGACGAUCAGCAGGGCAGACCCAUGAAGCGGCGGACGUCCUUCUACCUCCCAAAAGACACUGCCAAGCACCUGCAUAUAAGUUCCCAGACCCGCGUGCGGGAAGUCAUCGAGGCAUUGCUCAAUAAGUUCACCGUGGUGGACAACCCGGCCAAGUUUGCCCUGUUUGAACGCGCCGAGAGACAAAGUCAAGUGUACAUGCGCAAGCUACCCGAUGAUGAGUUCCCCCUCUACCUGCGCCUGUGUGCUGGCCCCAGUGAGAAAGUCUUCAGUCUGGUUUUGAAAGAAAAUGAAACCGGGGAAAUAAAUUGGGAUGCAUUCAGUUUACCUGAGUUGUGCAACUUUCUGCGAAUCCUGAAGCGUGAGGAAGAAGAACAUGUGAGGCAGAUUGUGAAGCGCUACAGUCUUGCAAGAGACACCACGAAGCAGGCGCUGGCACGGAUUUCUACACCUAGUUGACUUUGAUUGAGCUUCAUAUUUAAACAUGUAGCAGAGCGUUCUGACACUUUGUUGAUUACCAAUGUAGAAGGGACAAAAAUAGCUCAGGUGGUGUAAUUUUUUUAAUACAUGUUGUUUAUAAAGCAGGGAUUCUGCCGUUACAUUUAAUGUGAACCCUUAUAGGCAAGGGCAAUGCUGAUUUUGUGCAAGCAGAGCCACUUUUGUGAACUGAAUUGGGGAAAUAAUAGAUUAUUUUAUGCAGGUCUUUCUUGAAAAAAACGCUGCUUUACUGAAUUCUUCGUAGUGGUAUUAAAAGGUUUAGUGUUUUCGGACAUUUAACUUCAGAUAAUAUUCUGUGAUGAUUUUUUUUUAAUUCAGGCACUUUAAUGAACCUGUAUGAAAUGGUUUUGAAUAUGUGUUUACAUAACAAUCUAAUAAACAUACAAUGUUAAAUAUC